ACUGUCCGCCAUAUGCCUAUGCCCUCGAUUAAAGAUGCUGACUCUUUUCUGUCUGGGUUUUUUUGAAUUACUAUAAAUUCUUUGUAUCGUGUGGUCCUGGUGCCUGGCACCUGAAAGGAAGCAUGACCUCCACAAGCGCACAAGCUCAGUCAAGCAGAAUAUUUAUCGUAUUUGCCUAAACUGUGUAAGAGUAAUAGGCUGCCCAUGCACUCGUGGACAUGGGUAAUCGGUACAUUGCGCUCGUAGCACUUGCUGUGUUUUUGGCCCAAACGAAGGCCCUAGAUCAACCCACAGUUGUUGUGGAACAAGGUGUUCUGGUCGGCACCACCGAGACUUUUGAGGAGUCCCAAUUCAUCCGUGUAAACAAAACCAUUGAUGUCUUCAAGGGGAUACCAUUCGCUGAGCCGCCCGUGGGGCCGCUGCGAUUCAGGCCCCCGGUGGCAAAAGAGCCGUGGGUCGGUACAUACGACGCUACGUACUUCAGAGAUGCCUGUAUGCAGGACCCAUCAGCUGUGAGAAAUGCACCCGUUAACGAAGAAUGCCUACAUCUGAAUAUCUAUGUACCCAGCCCCGCGUUGUCAGAGGGCGCUGCCGUCAUGGUCUGGAUACACGGUGGUGGUUUCAGUUUUGGAUCCAGUCGUGAACUGUUGUAUCAAGGGCAGUCAUUGGUUGCAUCGGGUGACGUCAUCGUUGUCUCAAUCAAUUAUCGCCUGAAUGUAUUCGGGUUUCUUACAACAGGUGAUGAAGCUUUGCCGGGCAAGGUUGGACUCUUGGAUCAAGUCUUAGCGUUGGAGUGGAUUAAGAAGAAUAUUGCAGCUUUCGGCGGCGAUAGAAACCGCGUUACUAUCUUCGGUCAGAGUGCGGGAUCGGCCAGCGUCAAUUUUCACAUACUGUCUCAGCUUUCUGAGGGUCUGUUUGACCGUGCAAUAAUGCAGAGUGGUGCGGCUUUUUCACCUUGGGGGUUUUCCGAGGACAUGGAGAGGCUACGAAAGCAGGCUUUUGAGAUCGGGAAGAAGCUAGGCUGUGGAGUAUCCGAGAGCACCGCCCUGGUAAACUGCCUGAGAGACAAGAACGCAACGGAUCUUUACAGAGCAAUAGACGUUAACAACGUCUUUUCCGCGGUAGUGGUGGAUGGGCGCUUCCUGAUAGACACACCAGAAGCUCUGUACGCAACUGGUCGGUACAAUCAUGUUGACCUUCUCCUAGGCACAAAUAAAGAUGAAGGCACGCUUUUUUUAGUGGGCCAACCUCGCUUCUCCGACUACGUUAACUCCGAGGAACCUCCGGCCCUGAGCAGACAGGAUUUUGAUGAACUUAUCGACAGUGAAUUCUUUCUGGAUGGUAAAAUGAAACCAGUUGAUGACGCUAUCAGAAUGCAGUACAUUGACUGGUCCAAGGCAGACUUUAGCGACCAUGACUACUAUCACUCGUACGUGGCGUUUGCGACGGAUUUCUAUUUUGCUAGUGGGGCGGACAGGGUGGCGCGCUUUCAUUUCCAUGGCAACGACAGUGUCUUCAUGUAUGAGAUGACGCACGUGCCUUCUGUGUCCAUCUACAACCUUCAAGGAGGACCAGGUUGGCUUGGUUGCGGUCAUGGAGAAGAUAUCUCGUUUGUGUUCGGCCUUCCCUUCAUCUCUAAUAUGGCGCCGCUCUAUGCCGCGUUCAAGGAUGAAGAAAGAGGACUGGCCGUCGAGUUUAUGGAGUUCUGGACCACCUUUGCCAAAACAGGAAACCCUGGCGUGCAGACGCAAGGCUCCCUUCCCGACUCCCAGCGCACCUUCUGGCCUCGGUUUACCGUCCCGGAGUUAGAGUACAAGGAACUCAGCUUGAAUAUGAAUACCUCCAGGGCGCUCAAGAGUCAGCAGUCUUACUUUUGGAACUCCUAUGUCAUUGAGCUCAACAAUAUGCUCGUUCCAGAAGCAAGGACUACCGUCGGUUCGAGACCAAACGUCGGCUCGGGAGUAAACAUUGCUGCUUUUGUCCUAGCGGGCGUCCUGUUCGUCGUAGUUGUGAUUGGUCUCGUCGCUUUAAUCCUGUCGAAAAAACGUAAGGCUGUCCGUUCACAGCAAAGCACUUCCGACCAAGUGCCGUUAUGGAUGUAGCUGAACGUGAACGGAGACAAACACUUAACGCCUGGACGUACACGUAUCUUGCCGAUUGGAGAAACGAGUUCGCUGAGGACCUUGCCAUCCCCCUGGCUGUAAGCCGGAGGGGGAUAUUGUGAUAUCGAUAGCGUAUUCCUUCUCUGUGCUUGUCCGUCUGUAUCUGUGCGUGUGUGUUUUAUGUUUUGAUUAACUCUUGUCAGCACGAUAGCUUGAGAAAUACUUUACUUACGAACUUGAAAUUUAGUUGGUGGGUUGUUCUUGAUAGUCUUAAGAAGCCUAUUGCUUUUGGAGCCAAGAGGUCAAAGGUCCCUAUUGCUAAAACAAUAGAAAUUUUCUCAGUGCGAUGACUUGAGAAAAACUUUAUAGGCACUAGAUAUUUGGCUUGUCGGUUGUGUUUGGAAGUCUUAAAAAGCUUAUUAAGGUGUUGAGCAACAGGUGUGAGGUCAAGGUCACUAUUACUAAACAAUAGAAAUCUUCCAUUAAUAGGGCCACUGACUUCUCAAAGCUGUCAGCAUGCCGGGGGAUUGCGUUAGUCUCAAUUGCAGUAUUUUUGAAUGUUACGAAAAUAAAUUCUUAUAAGCUUAAGCAAUACUACUUCUUAUUCCAAAUUAUGUUGCUGUACUUAUCAAAAGGCUCUCUUUUCCCUCCCAAUUUAAGUACAUGUAAUACAUUUAUAUUAUAAUGAACAUCGUGUCCAGAGUUCGACACCGUUUGCAGCUAUUUUAACGGUGUUCUAUAUUAACAAUAAAUCAUAAUUUCUUAAUGAAACGGUUUUUUUUUUUAAAUAGAAAAUUAUAAAUAAACAGUUUGUGGCUUGAAGGGAAUAUACAACAUUAAAAAAUAUACAACAUGAAAAAAUUGUUUACAUCCUGUCAAAUAUAGACACUUAUUGUGCUGUGUUUUACCCUCGGAGAAGCCAGGCGGUUAUAAAAUUCUCCGCAUUUUCCAAAUAUGGUCAUAAUAUAUUUAUUUUUUUCAAUCGGACAAUAACGCCAAGCUUCCAUGUCACCCUCACCCCCUACUAUACGCCACAAGCCUGUAGACUCCCAUUGGCCUUACCCUAACCACUGCAGAGUAAGGACUGUUAAAAGACAGCAGCCCCAAGAGGCCUCUAAUGCCUUUGUGCAGUAAUUGGAUAUCUUAGUGGCCAACCCCUUUUGUGCCGCCGAUCUCUCUGUGUCAACCCCUCGUGCCGCCCAGAGCUCAGACAGGUUGUUAACAAUCCUGGCCCACACAAGGCCAUGUGACUGACCUAUACAUGUAUCUUGUGCAUGACCAUUCAUGAAGGGGUUAUUGACCUAGAAACAGUGUGGUGAUAAAAUUCUCCAUGUGGCUACUCCGCGUAAUUUUUUGGGGCUCGAUGCUCGAAGGAGGGGGGGGUUGGAGGUAUCGAUUUGGUUGUCCGACCAGCAUUGGAAAAAAACUUUUCUCAAAUACUGUUCCCAAUUUAUCAUAUUUGAUUAUUUCACCUUUUCUUUGCAAUCGAUAACACACCUGUGAACGGGUACAAGCCAGCUAGACUAAUUUCCUAACCUUGCUAUUCCUUGACGUCUAUAAACUACUCCGUUUCAUGUUAAGUGGAACUAGAACAUGAUUAGUUUGCUUGAUUUUCCCGCAUUUAUGAAACCAAAACGUGAAACAAGUCAGUUCAACAAUAUUUACUAUAAAAUACUAACAUCCUGAAUCCAUCAAUUUCUGACAAUUAUAACAAAAUCAAAUGGUGUAUAUUCUCCCUUAAUGUUCCACUUAACUUCAUAAAAAUUGAAUACAAAAGACUUGAGAUUGCAGUGAAACAAAAUUAUUCUUUUGUUCGUCUUACAUAAAUGUUUAUGGUAUCAGUUCCUCAUAUAUGAAGAAUGACUUAAAUAUCAUCUGUAAAUUUACCCAGCGAGGCGUCUUUGUCUAAUUCCAGUUGUAAUCCACCAGAACAUUUUAAUUUAGUAAUGUGUUUAUACCUUUAAAUGAAAUUAUUAUAAGAGCAUUUUUUCAACAACAUUGUUAUUAUUUUUUUAUUUUUAAUGUCCUGUUGUUUAGGGAUUUACUGAUAUUCAUCUUACCCAUUAUUUUAAGCUCAUUGUUUCAAGUGCUUUCAAUUGAGGAUUUGUUUUAUUUUGACUCUUUCUGGUUUUAUGUCCUUUUGUUUUAUAAGUCUCAUUUAAUGUGUAAUAAAGUUGUAUUUGUAAUAUUAUAAUGUUUUUCUUGUAAAAUAUAUUUCUUUUGUAAAUGUUUAUGAAAUGGGUUACUGCAUUUUAAAGAGCAAAGUAUUUGUUUUUAACAUUUUGAAAAAU